AGAGUAGCCGCCAUUUUAUGACCAGUGGGCAGGUUUCAAAGCGAGUGACAGCUGACAAAGCUUUAAUUUUGGGGCCAACUAUCAGAUGGCACUACAGUUUUCUGAAAACGUAAUUUUAAGGCGACUGUCCCACCCCUGAUCUGUCCAUAACUGUCAAAACUCAAAAAUUUCCUUUUGUGUUCAUCCAAAUAAUAUGUUGAAGUACAUAAAUCUAAAGCCAUUUUUAAUAUAUUAAAUUUUCUGGUUCAAAAUAUUAUAAGAACUCUAUUUGUGUAAACUGUGAACAAAAUAUAAGUUAUUGUAUACAUAUUAUAUGCAAAAUAGUAUAAUGUAUGUGUAUCAGUGGAUUUAUUUCGUUUUGCUGGUAUAGUGCAAAUGUAUUUUUAAUUCGAUUAUUAUUUAAUGUUAUAUUAAAACAGCGAUGGAUAACAUUGUGUCCUGGACUGUUGAAGACGAAGCUAUAAUUGCGACAAACACAGACGCCACAGAAUGUAAGAGGUGUGCAGUUGAACUGGGAUACUGGAAGGAUGAUUAUAUCAAAUAUUUUGCCAAGCAUGUCGAUAGAAAAGCUCCAGAAAUAAAUCGCGGCUACUAUGCAAGGGUUAAAGCAAUGGAGAUGUUUAUUCACCAAUUUCUAGAAAGAUGUGACACCAAGUGUCAAAUAAUAAAUCUUGGAUGUGGAUUUGACACUCUGUACUGGCGCCUGAAAGACACAACCCAAGCCGUGGCCAACUUCAUUGAGCUUGAUUUUCCGGCUGUUGUUAGGAAGAAGUACCAGAUUAUCAAACGUAACAAACAAUUACUAGAAAAGAUAUGCAACGAAGACGGCGAGGUGGUGAUCCGGUCGGGCGACGUGCACGCGGCCGGCUACCACCUGGCGGCGUGCGACCUGCGCUGCGAGCGCGAGGUGGCGCGCCAGCUGGCGGCGUGCGAGGCGCGGGCCGACGCGCCCACGCUGCUGCUGGCCGAGUGCGUGCUGGUGUACCUGCGGCCGGGCGCGGGCGACGCGCUGCUGCGGCAGCUGGCCGCCGCCUUCCCGCGCGCCGCGCUGCUGCUGUACGAGCAGUGCAACCUGGCCGACCGCUUCGGGGAGGUCAUGCUGCGCAACCUGCACGCGCGCGGCGUGUCGCUGGAGGGCGCCGCCGCCGCCGGGCCGCCGCACGCGCAGGCGCGGCGCGCGCUGGCGGCCGGCUGGGCCCGCGCGCGCUCGUGGGACAUGCGCGAGGUGUGGCGCGCGCUGCCCGACGCCGACCGCGCGCGCGCCGACCGCCUGGAGCCGCUGGACGAGCGCGAGCUGCUGCAGCAGCUGCACGCGCACUACGCGCUCACCGUGGCCUCGCGCGGCGAGAUCUUCGCCGACCUGGACCUGCACGCCUAGCUCCGGCGGUGUGUCUCUCUUCUGUCUCGCUCGGCAUUUCUCUGUCGUCCCGUGUGACGACUCCUCGCACCGACCGGGUCGUUGCUAAAUAAAUUCUAUUCCACAAAACCUAAUAUUUGACCUAUCAAUGUAUUAUAUUUUUUGUAUAAAUAUUUAGCGUUAGUCUUUAGUCUACUAAAUACAUAUUAUUUAAUUAA